AUGAAAAAUAGAGCAUAUCACGAGGGAAUGAAAUGUUCUCCCUACGAAGCAAUGUUUGGCUGUUCAAUGAAAAUAAGCCUUGCAACUUCAGCAAUCCCUAGUGAUAUGAUUAGAGUUAUAAGAUGUCAAGAAGAUUUAGAGAAGUUGUUGCAUUCGCAUGACAAUACGGAACAAAAUAAUAACAUCGAAAAUGCAAUCGAAGAGGACAAGGAAGAAAGCAAUGUUCAAAAUGAGUCAGAAGGGGAUAUAGACAAUAGCACUGUCAACGAUAAAACACAAAAAGAUGAAAUGAUUAUUACUGAGAAGAUGAAGGCGAAGCAAAGAACCGAUGAUUCCAAUGAAGUUCUUGUAACAAUAGAGCCAAUAUCAAAAAAGUUAGAAUCUGUAGUGACAAUAAGAAACAACGCAAAAGUGAGUUUGGAGAAACGAGCUGAAAAAAUGAAAGCUACGUCUGUUGAUAAAUAUCUAAAUGUGAAAAUUGGCCAAAAUGUAAGACUGAAAGUGCCCGAAAUUGACAAAACUAAAACCGACUCAAAAAGCGUUAUUGCAGUUGUAAUAGAUAUAAAGGAUAACGAGUUUUACCAACUAGGUACCAAAAUUGGAGAACUAAAGCAGCUUUAUACACAAAAUCAAUUUACCUCAUGCCCUGAAGACUUUAUCAAGAUAGAAGUUGUUAAAGAUAAAGAAGUGAGUCUUCGAGAAGUUGUCGCAAAAUUGUCUUUGACCGGAGGACUAGGUUUCAAGAAAUGCAACUGCCUAAAAAAAUGCGUAACGAAGAAGUGA